CUUCAAAAGAUAUUUCAAGAUCAGUUUCAGUUGACUAGCUGAUCGCGAAACAAUCAUACAUUGUAGCGGAAUUGACGCGAACUCAAACGGGUGCGAAAAUAUCUAUAAUUUCAUAUUUGAAAAUUUCUCUAGAUUGAAUCUUAAAGAAAAAACGAUCUUUGACCAAAUAUUUUUAGAUCGAUUCGAUAGAAUUUAAAUAAGAAAUAAUUCUUCAUAUAAACUGGAUAAAAUAGAACCAUCUGUCGUUAAAGAUAUUUGAUAUAAUGUUUUUAAAAUUUCGUAACAGAACCAAUUUUCCAAUAAAUUAUUGUGGUCGGAAAAUUGGAAUCGUUCAAAGUGAACAUUGCGAACAUCAUAUGGUAGCAAUUAUUUUGUGAAUUUUUUUUUUUUAAUGUGGAAAUUUGAUCUCAGCGGAAGAAAUAUUUUUGAACAGUUUUUUAUUAUUAAUAAAUGAUUUUAAACCAAAAAUAGUGAGUUGUUAUUCAUUUUAAAUAUUUCGCUGACUAUUGAUGACAAUAUCAAUUUAAUAAAUUGAAGUAUAAAAUAGAGACACUGGUUUGGUAUAACAAGUGGUAAAUUUGUGCAUAGUAAAUUUGUGUGAAGUGAUUGAGUUUUGAUUGUGGUCAUCUUUAUUAAGCUAAUUAGAUUUAUCUAUCUCCAUAAUAAUGGUUCGUUUAAUAUACGUGAUAUUAAUUUUGGCAGCAGUAUUCGAUAAUUCCUCACAUUGGAGAAUGGACCGAAGACCCAGACUGUAUGGAGACAAGGUGCCAAACAAAUUGUUGUCGCCUAGACUCAGACGCGUCCAACAACGGAUAGUCAUGCUCCAUGACUACUUUCGCACCAAAGUCAUUCCGUCAGCUUCGAAUAUGCUCAGUAUGAAAUGGCAUAGAGGGGCAGCACGAACCGCCCAACGUUGGGCCGACCAAUGUCGAUUCCUCACACAUGACACCCCCAAAGGUAGACAAGUUGAAAAUUUCGGAUCAUGCGGUCAAAAUAUCUUCGUGUCUACUCAUAAAGUCCCAUGGAUAUUCGCCCUGAGGACAUGGUUCAUAGAGCGUCAAAACUUCACAUAUGGCGGUGACAUGAACAACUUAGAGGUAGUGGGCCACUAUACGCAAAUGGUAUGGGCAACGACCCAUAAGGUUGGAUGCGGAUUGGCAAAGUGUCGAAAUGGUCCUCGGGGGAAGACUUACUUCAAUUACGUAUGCAACUACUGUCCAAUUGGGAAUUACUAUGAUCGUUUGGGAUUUCCUUACCGUGCUGGACGACCCUGCGGAUCAUGCCCCGGAUCUUGUCGGUCAAGAAAAAUUAGAUUGUGUACAAAUUCAUGUAACGCAGUGGAUAUGUGGGCGAAUUGUGAUGAAUUAUAUCGAACAUGGCCUGGAUGGCUGUGCAAUGAGACGACACCCGAAGGGUUGGAUAGACGACGAAAGUGCUUGGCUACAUGUACUUGCCACGGAAAAAUACAUGACUAAGCUUAGUGCAAAAGAUAGAUGAAAAGCUAAACGAGAAAACCAUCUGAUAUUUUUCAAAACCAAUUGUACAAAUUAUUUUUAAUAGUUGAAUACGACUUCGCUCCAAACAUAACAACAAAAUUCUAAAUGCCAUAGACUAUUUUUUACAAAGUGACAAUAAAAUAUCACCCUCAUCUAUAGUACAUUAAAACAUCUUUCCUACCGAUAACCAUUGUAAUAAAUUUAUAUACUUUCACCACCCCCUGUCAGCAUAGCGAAACGAACCGAAAAAAUAUCUAUUCAUCUAUUCUUUUUGGAAUUUUUAAUACAAUCUUUUAUCUAAAAAUAAAUAUACAUGCACGAGUAAUACAAAUUAUAUUUGUAUCACAGUAUUUAGAUGUAAGUUAUCCAUUCUACGUCAAGUAGAGAUAAAUUUCUUUUGAAAACAUACAUACGCACAUGUAUCUAACCGUUUCAUCUGAAACAACAAUCAAUUGAAUGAAAACCAGAACAUUCGUAGAAGUUGUCUAAUAUUUUUACACCUAGUUCCUUUAGAACUUCUUAUUUACCUUUUUUUGUCUAUUUACACUUGUAAAUAUUCCAAUUUAAUAUUGCAUAUGUUUACAAGCCCCGCAUUUACAUUUCCUGCUAUAUUUUACAUAUGAACAUACUUAAUGUGGAAAAUUUCGUUGAAAUGAAGUUUUCUUUGUGAUUAGAAUUGAAAAUUGCAAAGCAGCUGUUUUAGGAGCAAAAUUAUACUUUUCGCUAAUUAGUUCAAUUCACUUUCGAUAUUUUAGAUAAAUUUAUGCAUCUUUUCCAAAUUCAUUGUCUAUCAAAAUUUCAGUCAAUGCCAAAAAUAUAUUUUUCACACAUCAAUGUAAUUCCGAUUUUAUUGUUUUGUUUUUGUUGAAUUAAAAAUGUACGAUUUUAUAUGGAAGAAAAUAAAUUUUCUG